GAACGAAUAGUUAUUUUUAUGCUCGAAAGGUGGUGCACCAAGUCCAUUAACAGAUCAAGUUUAUACAAGUUGAUCUUAAAAUUGUUACACAAUGGCAGGUUCUAUUAUAAAAAGGUUAACUUCUGCUUUUCAAAAAUUUGAACAAGCAUUAAAAAUAAUAAUUAAUAACAGAUUUCCGCCAGAAGCAUUAUGUGCAAUAGAUUAUAAUGGUGGUUUAAAUCUUCCAUCACCUGUAAACAAUAGUGGUCGAUUUUCUCUCAAAGACAUUAUUGGAAAUGGCAUUUUAUGGGGAGUUCCAACAUGUAGACGUACCAUUGAAAAACGUUUGAGUAGAAAAUUUGGAUAUCCAGAAUAUAAGUGGAAGCCGCCUGUUCCAAAAACUAAUAUUUUGAUGUGUCCUAAUUGUGGUAAUUACCACGAGGCAAAACUUUUAUGUGCACAUUGCUAUGAAAAAGUAAAAAUAGAAACUAAAGAAAUGCAAGAUGCUAUUCAAGAAAAAUUAGGAUUAGAUCCCGUUGAAGAAAAUGUUAUUGUUAUUUAUGAAGGAGAAAAAGAAGGCAAGACAGAUGACUUCUGGAAGAAACAAAGAAUAAUAGAAAUGCCAAAGAAACGACCUGAGUGGUUUCAUGAAAAUCUUCUCGAAUCAUCCACGGUUCAACCUUCCGAUAGUAAGGAUAUAAAACCUCCAGAACUUGCUUAAGAAAAAGUCUAAGUAUUUGAAAUAAAAGUUAUUUGAACAUCUAUUGUACUCUUUUUUGUUAAAUGCUAUUUUAACCAGAUUUGAUUUAUAAAUAUUUUUAUUGUGAAAAUAAUUAGUAUAUUUGUAAAUAAUUUUUAUAUCCUGCAAAAAGCAAGAUACAAAUAUACAAUCUAUACUAAAAUAUUUGUAUGUUGGCUAUUCUUUCUGGAUAGAUUGAUGCAAUAAUAUAUUAACAUGUUAUAAAAUUCAUUGAUUGAAAACUGUUAUAAAUAAGGCAGAUAGAUCUUUGAGAGUUAUCAAUUAUUUACAUAUUUUACUAACUUGUACUUAUCAACAGUAAUUCAGACUGUGUUAAUAAAUCGACAACAAA